GUUCCCUCGCGGAGCGGCACUUGCUUUCCCGUCCUCCUCUCCCUCGCCCGUCGUCGUUCUUCUGAGGGACUCGCCGCGGCGGAGGCACCGCCGCCUCAGCGCCGGGCCCGCCCGCUGAAAGCCGCGGCUCUUCUCCCUCAGCUGCCGGGUCCGGGGAAAGGAGCGAGGGCGGCGCGCUUUCGCCACCCCGCCCCGCCGGCGGCGGGACCCGCACAGGGAAGCAGCCGAGCCUGAGAGGAACCACAGCCAGACGGCGGCGACGAGCAAAGGCGGGCGAUGGGCGCCAAGCAGAGCGGCCCGGCCGCCCCCAAUGGCCGGACCCGGGCUUACUCCGGAGGGGACUUGCCUUCCAGUAGCGGCGGCGGUGCGAACGGGCGGCCGGCAGGCGGCGCGGCGAGGUACACGCACCUGGCCCCGGGAGGGCAGCACCACGCGGGGCCCAGCGGAGCGGCGGCGCCGGCGCCCCGGAGCAGGUCUCUGGGCGGGCCGGGCGCGUCCGGAGCUCGCGCGGCUCAUUCUGCCUUCAAUAUCCCCAACAGCAGCGGCCUCUACGGCUCGCAGGACUCGGUCAGCAGCACCCCCGAGGAAGGGGGCAGGGAACGGGCCGCGGCCGGAGGAGGAGGCGGCGGUGCUGGAGGAGGACAUGGCAGCGGCGGCGGGCCCCGGCUCGUCAUCGGCUCACUGCCCGCCCACCUGUCGCCUCACCUGUUCGGAGGAUUUAAGUGCCCUGUUUGUUCCAAGUUUGUCUCUUCAGAUGAAAUGGAUUUGCAUCUUGUGAUGUGUUUGACAAAACCAAGGAUAACCUACAAUGAGGAUGUGCUGAGUAAAGAUGCUGGGGAGUGUGCAAUAUGCCUGGAAGAGCUGCAGCAAGGGGAUACAAUAGCACGAUUGCCUUGUCUAUGCAUAUAUCAUAAAGGAUGCAUAGACGAAUGGUUUGAAGUAAACAGAUCUUGUCCUGAGCAUCCCUCAGAUUAACGUCAGAGUUUCCUGUUUUGUGUAGUCUCUGACACGGACCAUCACGUGUAAAGGAUUUGGCGUUCCAUCUUCAGAGGCCGAUGUGAGACUGGACUUCUGUUCACUUUGUACCGGAAAGUUAAGAGGGAGAUGGAACAUGACACGGGACAAAUGAUGCAAAGCUGGAAGCUCAGUGUACCGACACUCAGCUUAAAGGAGACACAGGGAUUCUUGAAAAUGCUGCACAUCCUGGAAAAGUCCUCUUCCCACAGACUUUACGGACAACAUUUUAUAUCUACAGGCCAAAGUUACUAACUUUCAUUUUAAUUUUUUUUUAAAAAGAAAACUGUCUACAGAAGCAGUUUGUUCUCACAUUCUUUCUUGAAUGGAAGCUGUGUGCUCUGGAUCAAGACUCUGGGACAUUGUACAAGGGAAAUGCCAUUUUGGAGUUGGAAACCGCCCCACUCCCACUGUGUACCAUGAGCUUGGGAUUGGGGGUAAAAGCAAUCUAUGAAGUACAUACAGUUAAGCGGUGUGAACUUCCUCAUGAAAUUUUGCACCCUUUAUGCUGUUCACAUUUUUUCUGUGAAAGAAUGCAACAUUCCUUGACUUAGGUUUUUUGUUUUUUGUUCUUAAAGUAAAGCUUUGCCAGAGUGCAGCCCAAAGAGCAAAAUGUAAUCAAGGCAGAUCAUUAAUUGACGUCGUUGAUCAGGCUAUAGAGUUAAUUGAAAUCCGCAUACUGUGUUCAUUUCUAAUAUAUACUAAAAUUCACCUUUACUGCUUGUGGAUAUCAAAGCAGCAGCAAAACUAAAAAAAGAAAAGAGCAUAAUUUAGCAGCUAUGCAAUAUUUUUUUAAAAAAAAUUAUAGGGAAAUUAAAAUUACCAUCUCAAGUGCUGCCAGUUAAGGUAAUUUAACGGGUAUUUUUUAAACAUGUUUCAGGUAGUUAUUUUCUUGUACUACUUUAAUCUCCAGGCUGUUUCUCUCUAGCUGAGUAGUCACAAAGGCGGGCAAAGUGAGACAUUUCAUAGGGAUGGGACCUGGAUUGACUUUUGUGUGGUUUUUUUUAAUUAUUAUUAUUAUUCAAGGUUGUCUCAGUGGCAGAUCAUAGUAGUUCAUGUUCAGUGCUGUUAGCCAGGCUUUUGACAGCUAUAAUUCUGUACCCAAUUGCUCAUCCUUCAUCCCAUUGGUAUAAAUGGGUUUAAACAUACAUAACUGUGAGCAUACGUUUGAAGGAACCACCUAUAUUUCUUGAACCAAUAAAACUUUACACUACUGUGGCUUACCAUAAAUUGAAAAAUGAGGGGUAUGGGAUAGGGUAGGGAAGAAGCUCACUAAGUAAAAUUGUGAGCUGUUAAUAAUAUAUCUGUUUCCAUAAAAAAGGGGACCCGUUUUGGAAGCUGUUAAAAGUACCUUGUAAAGUUUGUAACAAAAGCGUUGAAUAAAGGUGAUUGGAACUUUU